AUGACGAAAAAUAUCAUCACUGGCCUGGGCUUCGACCACAGGGCGAACCUGAUAGCCGCCAAGCGAUAUUUCUCGAAUGCACUCCCCGAAAGCAUUGAUCUACGCACGGCUCUAACUCUUGAGACCCCUUUCAACGAGUACUGCUACGGGUUGAUUCGGAAACAUCUUAAAGUAACCGCCGUGAAAAGUGAAUUUCUCCCGAUAGGUGCAAUGGAGUCCAUUUUCGAAUCGAGAAACGUCCGAACAGUCGUUUUCCAGACGUUCCCAAAUUCCUGUAAGGACAGAAUUCACCUCGAUAUAUCUGGAAGCAAGAAGGGCGGACGAACGCGGAUAUUUGCAACCCUGAUUCGGAUGUGCAAACCGGAGCACAUAACUCGCUUUAUCAACGCCGACAUCUAUGACAAUGACCUACCACUAAGUCAAGAAGCACUUAUAAGGAUCAUGGCUAAUAAAUUUGACGCUCCUGUCUCUUCAGAUGGCGAAUCCACUAAAUGGAGGCCGUUUGAUGUAGACAACUUUAUGCGUGAGCAGCACGUAUUGCUUGCUCCCUUUCUCUAUCUUAAUUGCCAGACUAUCCAACAUUAUACUUUUGGAAAUAAGAUAGUAAUGCCCUUCCUUAAGAAAAAGCCAGUAGGGAGGGGGGGCCACGGGCAAAUCUUCAAAGUCCAGAUUCAUGAAGAUCAUCACUUUUGCGAAAGCCAUCAAGGAUGGGAAUUUUCAGGACCAUACUAUGCCUUGAAAAAAUUUGAGGAUGAACAUCGUCAGCAAUUUCUAGAUGAGAGACAGGCACUCUUGCACUACAGUGGGCAGCGGACGGGGCACGAACACCUCACUCGACUUCUAAUGACGUACCAGAUUGAAAUUGGCGAACGUAUUGAAUAUUUCAUGAUAUUCCCUUGGGCUGAAUGCAACCUUGAGCAGUACUGGACUACGAAUCCCAACAAUCCUGCUGACCAUGAGCAGCGGAGGUGGCUUCUCGAACAGUGUCGUGGGCUUGCCAAUGGGCUCAGAAAUGUCCAUAAGCACCCUAGUUUACUUAAAAGAGCAAGCAUUAAUGGUAAUGGUGUGCAAGACCGAGGCCGGCAUGGAGACUUGAAGCCCCAAAACAUUCUCUGCUUCAAAGUCCAGGGGGAGUCGGGAAUCUCUCAACAUCGUUUAGUCAUCGCCGACUUUACCCUCAUGCGCUUCCACUCCGUAUAUUCGAUCGACAGGCCGGAAGAAUACACCGUGGGUUUCUCACGUACAUACCGCCCGCCUGAAAUUGAUCUUGGAAAGAGGGCUAGGAUCAGCCAGUCUUACGAUGUGUGGACGCUAGGUUGCGUGUACCUAGAGUUUAUCACUUGGCAUCUGCUUGGGAGUGAUUCUCUAAAUAAAUCCUUUCAAUUUGGAGAUAAUCCAAAGCAGGGCUUUCGAUGCCUAAGGGAAAUGGAAGAUUUCCAAGGGGCUGAUCACCCUGAGGAUAAAUAUUUCAACAUUGAAGAAGAAGGAGAUCGCCGCAAAGCAGUUGUGAAACCAUGCGUGGCAAAAUGGUUUACAUUUCUACGUGGACUAAAAGCUUGUACUCGACCAAUAUAUCACUUUUUAAAUUUCAUACAGCAUCGCAUGCUAGUGGUGGAGACAGAGCAUGAAAAAAGACAAACAAUUGACAUUGUUUGCAGAGAGUUGCAUGAUAUUCUCAAGAUGCCAAUAGUAAAAGAUGACCCGAGCUUCGCAAGCAGCCCGAAAUCUCCCGAGGCUGUCAAGGACUUUCCUCCGCCUUUUGAUUCGGAGGUUGAAAGAGAAUUAGAGGAUCGGGCGAAUUUCCCAGAUACAGAACUCUCUACUCGCGUUGACGACGAGUCAGGCUCGGAUGACAAAGUCUUUUCACGGGCACUUAUUGGCCGGAAACACGAAAAGAAAUCGGACUCAUCCAAAUCAGCCAACAAAACGAGCCCAGACUAUCUGGAUAACCCCGGCAAGGAGAUGCCUCCGAUCACAUCCAGUGCAAGGUCCUCCCCAAGACGCACGCGAGAGGAUGUAAAGGAUAAUGUAGCAUCAUCUGAUUUGCUCAAUGGAUCCACACAGAGCAGUGAUUUCACACGCCCAAUUACACCACUCAGUGAUAUUAGUCUCAUCCAUGGAGGGGGGGCAUCAAAGCGAAAGCGGAAGGAUGAAGACGAAUCCGGCGAUAGUGCGGCUCAAUCGAAUGCAACAAAGAAGAGAAACAUGGGCAACCAAAUCAAGAGAAGAUCAUUGAGGAUCAAACAGAGACCCCGGGAUAGUUAA